AUGUGCGUGCAUAUGGCACGGCUCGCUGGCGCUCUCAUCCUCCUCUGCACUGACUGCACGGCUCUCGCAUACCAGCGCCAACCACGGCUGCUGCAGCGCCAACCACGGCUUCGCCAACCGCUGCUCACCGCCACGGAGGAGCCGCUUCUCGCCUCCGCCGACACGGCCAAGCAGACCGCUCUCCCGCCGGUGCCUCCGCUGCUGAAGGGCCGGUCCAACUCGGCCGCCAUCUGGCGAGUGGCCUGGCCCUCCGUCGCCAUCGGGCUCCUCCGCGCGGCGCUCGGCCAGGUCGACGCGUGGUACAUCGGCCGGCUCGGCAGCUCGGAGCUGCAAGCCAUCAGCGCCGCCUCGUUCUUCAUAUGGGUGGUCUACAUCGCCGGCGAGCUGUCCUCGGUCGGCGUGCACGCUCUCUCCUCCGCCGCCGAGGGCGCUGGCGAUCGCGGCGAAGGA